AUGGCGUCAUCAAACUCCGGAGUUCCACCGGGGUUCCGGUUCCACCCGACCGAGGAGGAGCUCCUCCUCUACUAUCUAAAGAAGAAGGUUUCAUUUGAGAAGUUCGAUUUGGAGGUGAUUAGGGAGAUUGAUUUCAAUAAGAUAGAGCCAUGGGAUUUGCAAGAGAGAUGCAGAAUUGGAUGCGCAGCCCAGAAUGAAUGGUACUUCUUCAGCCACAAAGGUCGCAAGUACCCCACCGGCUCGAGGACCAACCGCGCCACCAACGCUGGCUUCUGGAAGGCCACCGGCCGGGACAAGUCCAUCAGGAGCACCCACAACAGGAUCGGCAUGCGCAAGACCCUCGUCUUCUAUCAUGGCCGCGCCCCCCAUGGCCAGAAGACUGACUGGAUCAUGCAUGAGUACCGCCUCGAAGAAGACCUCUCCGGCGACGCCGCAGAUGGCAGCGGUGCCGAGGGUGGAUGGGUGGUGUGCCGGGUGUUCAAGAAGAAGUAUUUCUUAAAGGCUGGAAGCGAAGGCGGACCAAGCCAAGGCUCGGAGAACAACCACAUGAAUACCACGGCCAGCCAUGACCAACCUCGGCCACUAAGCUCUCAAUACAUCCAUCCACUCCCAGUCUACUACUCUCCUCAGUUGCCCCUGCAGUCCUACUCUCAUGGCCAGGUGCAGGACCUGCUAAGCAACCACAGGCCAACGGCCGGCUACGACUUCUCCGUGCUCCCCGGCGCCGACUCCUCGGCGAUGGUGAAGGGGGCUUACGAAGGCGAGCUGGAGGGGAUCAGGGAGCAGAGCCUGAACGACUGGACGGUGCUCGACGGCAUUGAUAGGAGGUUCGGAAGCGCUGGAGGGGCCGCGGUGCAGCAGAUGAAUCAGAUUUCCGGCCAACGAGGUGGUGAGAUGGAUUUGUGGGGAUAUGGCAAGUAG